AUGGAUGACGAGGCUGACAUGAAUCCACCAGGCUUCAUACAACACGAGACAGAGAAUGGAAUUCUAUACAGAUGUGAUGUUUGCGGACCGAAACUUAUGCAAGAAAAACAGAAGGUCCAACACAAACGAUCUGAUGCACACAAAAAGAGAGUGAACGACCGGGACAACUUUCCCUUGCACCACAAAAGCGCCGUUACACCAGAUGAAAGACGGGUAGAGGCUCCGAUUGAAGACCCAGUGAUCGAUUCCUUGGAUUUUGAACCUGAACAGGAUACUUCUCCAUCGUUACCAAAUUCACCCACCACGAUCUCAAUGUUACUUAUCCAGCAGCUUCAGCAAGACAAGGCAAAUGAAGAGAGUUCUAGUGAAGAUCAGAGUUCUCAAAUCAACUGGAAGGACUGGUUGGAAGUCGAAUUAGAGAGGAUUCGGGGAGAUUUAGACUUGGACGAUCCACGUGACGAGUUUGACGAGAAUGAGGAGGACGAUAUUCCUGGACAAGAAGAUCAACAUGAGUGGACCCCAUUUAAAAGUAAAAUGGAGUUUGUCGGAUCAAUUCUUGUUGGUUAUACUCGAAAUUUACUUUCCAGGACUUUGUUCGACCUGAUACGCGUGAUACUUAAUGGACUGUGCCAGCUCAAGAUCCCUGCGUGGUCUACGAUUAGGCGUUCACAGAAAAGGAUCAGGGCGCAUUUUCAGAUGGAAGUUAUAAUGAAAGACAGUGUAUGGGGUAUGCCAUGUGCAGCCCUCAGUUCAAGAUGUGCACUUCAACAGGAUCUAGCCAACCCUCUUGUAGCACCUUUCAUUGAUUUUUAUCCAGAAGAUCCUCAAGGAUGUAACCAGUACAAGCUCUCCCAAUCGAAAAAGUGGCUUGAAAUGCCAUCAUCAUUACGAACACAGAUGUGUGUAAAUAAUAAAAAGCAUUUCUACAUUUUCGAACCCGUCGAAACUUAUUCAAAUCAGAUUCUAGUUCCAAUUUUCCUAUACCUGAUCAAUGGCGAGUUACAUGCAAAGUGUGCACUUCCAACACUCAAGAGGAUCAGUCAUUCAAAAUUCCAGUUGGAAAUCAAAGGCGACCUCACUUUCAAUGACCCAAGUCUUUUUCUUGUUCAUACAAAGGAAUUCAACAAGGAAUACUCUGAAAUCAAAAUAGAUCGUGAUCUUUUAUCUACGGUGUGUUCGAAUGAGUUGUAUGGAAUGAACAACAAUAUUUCAGUCAAGAUCGACCUACCAAAUCCUUGGAGGACUAAAGCUGGAGGGAAAAUCUUACGACAUGUGCCAAUCAGCUUGUAUGCUGAUGACACUUCUGGAAAUAUUUCGAAGCGCUGGAAUAAACACCUAUCUUUUUACUUCACUUUAUCUGGCCUUCCUCCGAAUCUGUCCAACCAAGAAUUCAAUUGCCACUUCUUGGCUACUUCGAAUCGAGCUGGUGUUUUAGAGUUAGCCGAGAUUAUUGUUGAUGAAUUAAAUGACCUUGCCACCAAUGGAUUUGAAGCAUACGAUGCAGCAAUUUCUGAGCCGGUUUUUGUCAUGACUAGUGUUCUAUUCUUUCUAGGGGAUUCUCCGAUGCACUCCGAAAUAACCAACACCCCUUAUCCUGGUUCUGCACUUAAUCCGUGUCGUAUUUGCACACUCUCUGCGCCAAGCCUAGCCGCCAAACAUCGAAAGGAUUUCAUGUACAAAUUCUUGCAUCUUGAUCGACAUGGAAACGUGACAAGAAAUCGACCCAGAGUGUGGCUAGAAACCGUCAAACAGACUCACAAGCUUUUCAAGGUGGCGACAGAAGAUACUAUUGCCGCUUUUGACACUCUGUCAAAAGAGUAUGGUGUCAAAGAUUGGAUUAACGAGAAGUUCAUCGAACAGCAAGGGAUUGCCGAAGUCAAAGCAAAAAUCGAUGACCUGAAGGCCAAUAAAUUUUCGCGCUUGUUCAACCCUUUCUUGAGACUGAUAGGUUUUGAUGGCUGCCUUGACACUCCGGUUGAGAUUCUUCACGUUUUUUUACUCGGGGUUGUCAAGUAUCUGGUCCACGAUUUUGUUGGCAAGCUCUCUGAGAAACAAAAAGACGAACUCGAGGGCCGUAUCGAGUCAUUCAACACCAGCUCGUUGAAUAUGCCAAAGCUGCAACCCAAAUAUCUAGUUUCGCAUGUCAAAUCAUUAAUCGGCAAGGAGUUUAAAAUCUUCCUUCAAGCUGCUCCAUUCAUCCUUUUCCCUUUUAUGGAUGAAGAUCAAAGAGAAAUUUUGAUUUCUUUAUGCACCCUCUCUUCUUAUGCCUUUCAGACACACAUCAAUAACAUGGAAGAUUUCCAGCUCAAUCUUCGAAGACACACAGCCAACUUUUUAUAUCGGAUCAUACGAGUCACUGCCCAGUGGGUGAACAAACCAAAGUUUCAUAUUUUACUUCAUCUUGCGGAUUCCAUCCGUCGGUUUGGACCCGCUACACUCUUUUCAACGGAAAAGUUCGAGUCGUAUAACGGUGUUCUCCGGACUGCAUCAACCCAUUCGAAUCGAAUUUGCCCUGGAAGAGACAUUGCAAUUAAGUUUGCUAACUUCCAUGCCCUACGAUUCUCCUUAUCCGGUGGUGUUUCAUACAAUAAAAACAGUCAAACUGCUACUCAAUCCUCGCCUGAGCUUCUCGACUUUUUUCGAAACACCAGGUCCAUCCAAGACUCAAUGGGAUAUGAUCCAACACUUUCCGUCUUAAUCCCAAAUUAUCCUUUUAUGAAGAAUAUCAAGUUGAACAAAGAUGACAAAGUAAAUUCGGUCAGGUCAGGAAAGUAUAUUGGACAGGUGAAUUCCAUAUGGAAAUCGGCAGCAUCUUUCUUUGUGCAUAUCACCAAGAUGAAGAGCUCAAAGAUGAAUGCGUUUUAUAUGAUGAGGGGAUUUGAAAAGACAGGUGAAACCUGUUCCAUUAUGCCAAAACACAACUGCCACGAUGGAAAAUGUCCAAUCAAGAAAACAAAGAUGGUUCAAGCCGAGAGACAAGAUACACCAGUGCGAGUUCAGCAAGUGUGCCAUACAGAUUCCAAACACUAUAUUCUCAACUCCGUUUCUUUUCAUGAAAGCGAAGAACAUCGACACAUGAACAACCUGAUAUUUCAUCAAAUCGAUUCAGAAGAUGUUGUUGAAGCAAUGUCCGAAGGCCAUCUCACAUGGAAAGCACACUGUCAAAAAACGAUGCCUCGAAAGAAAAAGAAAGUAGGUAAAAAAUGGGUAGAUAUGACAUCUGAAGAGGAGUGGGGCUCUUCUGGAGAUUCUGAAUGA